AUGAAAGAUGAUGCCACCCACCACAUCAUUUUGGACGAGCUAGAAGGCCUGGCAGGAUUAGCUACUGGGAGGCAGAUACCCACUCACACGGUGGGAUUAGGGUCGCAGCACCGGCAGCGGGCACUGGGAACCGGAGUGAAGUGGACACCCACGGCUAGGAUCUUCUCCCCGGCUCGAGCCCACUGUGACAUUAUUUUUCUCUCGAAAGGGGGCUGUGCAAAAAACGAAGAGGAGGAAGCCACUGGCUCGGAGGAGGAUCUGGGUUCGUCUCGUGGCAGCGGCGUGUGUAAAUGGUUCAACGUCCGGAUGGGUUUCGGGUUCCUGUCCAUGACCAACAGAGAUGGGACACCGCUCGAGGAGACUGUCGAUGUAUUCGUUCAUCAGAGCAAGCUGCACAUGGAGGGCUACCGCAGCCUGAAGGAGGGCGAGGCGGUGGAGUUUACCUUCAAGAAGUCGUCUAAAGGCCUAGAGUCUGUCACGGUGACGGGGCCAGGGGGAGCACAGUGUGUGGGCAGUGAGAAGAGACCUAAGGGGCAACAGAAACGACGCUCCAAGGGGGACAGAUGCUACAACUGUGGAGGACCUGACCACCAUGCCAAAGAAUGCCAGCUACCUCCUCAGCCCAAGAAGUGCCAUUUUUGCCAGAGCAUCAGUCACAUGGUGGCCAACUGUCCAAUCAAAGCACAGCAGUCCUCCCCUGGCGCUCAGGGAACAGCAUCAUCACUGAGGGACGAGGAAGAGGAGCAGAGCCAUGCUCCCUUUCCCCACAGGGAGAGCUAUGAUUGAUCGAUUCAGGGAUUCAGCCAAUCAAAAGGUUUCAUUGGAAUGCUGCUUUUGGAACUACAUCAGGUUGUCUUUAUUUAUCGCACAAACAGCAAGAAAUGUGUACUUUUAUUGAUGUGAUAGUUGAGAUUGAGUGUUUUAAUUGUAUUUUCCCUGCUGCAGCUAAAUAAGAGGUAGCCUAUGUGGAUUUUCCUGGAGACGAUUGUGAGUGCUCUGCUCUCUCACUGUAUACCAUGUUUCCCAAAAAGCUUUUGUUAGAAAAAGGUAAAGGAAAUACAAUCAUACAUGUGAAUGUACAGAUAUAGGUGUCCUGACUCUAAGACUGUUUCAUGGACAAAAAGGAGUGUGUCUUUCUGCUUAUUGAAAUCUUCAGGUAUUAUAAGUCGUUGUGCAUUUCUACGGCCAAGUGAAUGUUUAACCCUUUUUGCUGUAUGAAUGUUGGUACACCAUGGUUGCCGAUUGGACUGUGUACAAUACAGCUUGUCAUAAGUGCCAUAGCCUGUUCAUUUGUCUCAUGGGUGGUUGGAUGUGGCCCCCUCCCUUGCAUGUUACAAAGCCUUGCCUCAAGGCUAAAUGCGAGGAUAGCGUCGAUUGUAUGUCUGUCUGUCUGUCCCACAGUUUUUACUAUGGAUGUAAACAUGGCUUUCUAACAUUUUCUACAUAUCAGGGGUGUUCUCAUACACGGCCCAAAUACAUUACUUGUUUCUCAUUGUCUCGUUGUACUUGAAAACUAUUUAGAAAGCCAAAGGUAUUACAUGUUCUUUCUUGGAUGGACCUGAGCGUUAUUUUCUUUCUUUAAGGACAUGUUUUCAUGACUGAGUGCUAUGAUAAAGGGACUCAAGUGUUGAAUAAGAUGGUUAUAGGUUUAGUAUUUACUCCUCUUUUACAGGAGUGGAUGGAAUACUUUACACCACUUAAAUGUAUAUAGAUAUGAUCUUUUUUAUAUUUAUUAUUUAUUCAUUGUCACUCUCUACCUCUCUUUCUAAUAGAUAAAGUAUCACAAUUUGUAGCUCAAUUCUAUUUAAACAGCAACCGGCUUUGGUUCUAGCCUCUUGAUAGAUUCAUGGCCAUAUUAAGCAAACAAUUAUGCUUUACUUUUUACUUUCUCUUUCAAUGGGCUUCAUUUUCAGUUGACUUCAUAAUAUUCACUAUAUAUACAAAAGUAUGUGGACACACUUUCAAAUGAGUGGAUUCGGCUAUUUCAGCCACACCCGUUGCUGACAGGUGUAUAAAAUUGAGCACAGUCAUGCAAUCUCCAUAGACAAAUAUUAGCACUAGAAUGGCCUUACUGAAGAGCUCAGUGACUUUCAACGUGGUACCAUCAUAGUAUGCCACCUUUCCAACAAGUCAGUUCAUCAAAUUUCUGCCCUGCUAGAUCUGCCCCGGGUCAAAUGUAAGUGCUGUUAUUGUGAAGUGGAAACGUCUAGGAGAAACAACGGCUCAGCUGCAAAGUGGUAGGCCACACAAGCUCACAGAACGGGACCGAUGAGGGCUGAAGCGCGUAGUGCGUAAAUAUCACAUGUCCUCGGUUGCAACACUUACUACCGAGUUCCAAACUGCCUCUGGAAGCAACGUCAGCACAUUAACUGUUCGUCGGGAGCGUCAUGAAAAGGGUUUCCAUGGCCGAGCAGCCACACACAAGCCUAAGAUCACCAUGUGCAAUGCCAUUCGUCGGCUGGAGCAGUGGAAAGGCGUUCUCUGGAGUGAUGAAUCACGCUUCACCAUCUGGCAGUCCGACGGACUAAUCUGGAUUUAGCGGAUGCCAGGAGAACGCUACCUGCCCCAAUGCGUAGUGCCAACUGUAAAGUUUGGUGGAGGAUAAAUAAUGGUCUGGGGCAGUUUUUCAUGGAACUUUGUUCCAGUGAAGGGAAAUCUUAAUGCUACAGUACAGCAUACAAUAACAUUCUAGACGAUUCUGUGCUUCCAACUUUGUGGCAACAGUUUGGGGAAGGCCCUGUCCUGUUUCUGCAUAACAAUGCCCCCAUGCACAAAGUGAAGUCCAUACAGAAAUGGUUGGUUGAGAUCGGUGGAAUAACUUGACUGGCAUGCAAGAACUCUGACCUCAACUCCAUUGAACACCUUUGGGAGGAAUUGGAACACCGACUGUGAGCCUGGCCUAAUCGCCUAACAUCAGUGCCUAACCUCACUAAUGCUCUUGUGGCUGAAUGGAAGCAAGUCCCUGCAGCAAUGUUCCAACAUCUAGUGGGAUGCCUUCCCAGAAGAGUGGAGGCUGUUAUAGCAGCAAAGGGCGGACCAACUCCGUAUUAAUGCCCAUGAUUUUAGAAUGGGGUGUUCGACGAGCAGGUGUCCACAUAUUUUUGGUCAUGUAGUGUAUUGUGCUUAAACCAAUGCAACAAUAUUCUGCGCUAAUCAUGUGUAGGAGUAUGGGUAUUUCUUAAAGAUAUUUAAUUUCUCAUUGAUUGUUAUGAUUGCAGCCAGGCUUUCAUUUCUCUGAAAUCCUCAUGUUAAAGAGGAGCUACUUUGGAAGGAGUAGUAAAGUGUGUUAUGUGUGUACCUAUAGCCUAUAGGCUGGGUUGCCGGAAAAUCCAUGCAGAACAUUGAUUGCCAAAAGGGAAAUGCACUAUUUACACGUUGCUAUGACGUUACUGUAGUACAGCUAGCUAUAUUUAAUGUUAUAUUCUAGUUUUGCUGUCUUUUUCUGACUUAAUUGGUGAUCAAGUUGUAAGACAGCAUAGGUAAUAGAGCAGCAUGAUAUUUCCUUAGACACCCUAAGUUACUUCUCUGGUCUCUCUCUAGAAGUGGCACACAACCAAUCUGAAGCAGCAAACCAUUGACCUCCCCGCUUUUUGUGGUUAUUGUACAUAUUCAGCUUCGUCACGAUAUUAAUAUAAUGUUGUUUAUUUCCGUUUUUACUUUGCAUGGUAGUCAGUCAGUAGUUAGAGUAGAGUAGACUCACCUCUCCAUAUAGGGACUACACAAUGGGCCCCUUUUGUAGACAAAGCAUUUUGAUGACCAGGGGUGGACUGACCAUCUGGCAUUUCGGGCAAAGUGGGCCUGUCUAACUUUUUUUUUCUUUUCACAAAUGUAUCAUUAUCUGGCUAAUAAUGGAGGCCUUUAGGGAAAAAAUUGUCCGGUGUGGGGGUUCAAGAAAAAAAAUGGUCCGGUGUGGGGGUUCAAGAAAAAAAAUGGUCCGGUGUGGGGGUUCAAGAAAAAAAAUGGUCCGGUGUGGGGGUUCAAGAAAAAAAAUGGUCCGGUGUGGGGGUUCAAGAAAAAAAAUGGUCCGGUGGGUUAGAAAUGACACGGGGCGAUUUCUGGUCGAGGCUGCCCUUGUUGAUGUCCUUUCAAGAGCUUAUGUUGACAUUUGCCACUUGAUGUCACACACAGUCAUACCCGUUUGAGCCUAGUAUUUUGUCACUUCAUGUAUUUAGGCUGUAACAUGAUCCUUAAUUUCCAGAGUCCAGACAAUGCGCCUAUUCUUUUUAUUUCAUUUAGGGUAGGUGGGAGUUUUUUUAUAAAAUAUUUCUUACUGUAUGAGAACAAGACAGAAAUGCCUUGUCAAGAAUCUAUACAAGUCUACCUCAGGAUGUUUUUGAAAAUGGACAAUGACUGAGUUAAAAAAAAAUCAAGAUCGAUUUGUCCAUUCAUUUUGUGAGAUUGUUUUGAAUGAUUUCUUAGUUUUGUUUAUCCAUUUUUUGUGUGAAUGAUUUUUUUGUUUCAGUUUGCAAUGUAAUGUUUUCCUCACAUAGAAAUGCUGUUGAAUUACUGUUGACUGUUCUUCUUUUUUUGUGAUUAUACAUUGUCUGCAUCAAUACAUCAGACAUGUUGGUAUUAUUCUAUGCAUUGAUAUUGUCUAUGCUUAAUUUGAACUGAAAUAGGUGCCGGUACUCAUGUUGGGUGCCGGUACUGUUUAUAUUUAGAUUCAGGAGCUCCACAAUACUUUUGAGCUAAUAUUCUAUAAGAGGAACAGGAGCUCAAGCAGUAGAACAUUUGAGGUGCUGGUACUGAGAUCCGGUGAAUUUCUGUAUAUCAUGAUAAUACUGAACUCAAAGCAGGAGGGGUAUAUUACUCUGUAUGUAGGUACAACAGCGCCUCUUGAACAAAUCACCUUAUCUAUACUUACCAGGACAGGCAAACACCCUAACAACUUCAAGCAACCUAAAUAAACCUCUGAUAUCUCUUUUGUGUUUCUGAAGGCGUGUGACACUAGGUCUACUUAAAUACUAAAGUGUCAAAUAUAAUCAUAUUCAUUGUAGGCUGUUGGAAAAAUACCAGGACUUACUGUCAGAAAUGCAUUUGUUUAAUUUUGUUUCAAAUCUACCUCUGAUCUUUUGAUACACUGUAUUAUGGAAAAAAAUGCAUGCUUGCUUUUGCAUAUGUUUCUGUCAUAUGAGUUGAAAGUAUGGUUAAAAAUAUUCACAAUCAUUCCCCACAAAAUGAAUACCCAAUACCCAUUUUCCUCAUACCAUAUAUCCUUUCUGGUCACUAUCUCAAUUAGGCCUAUAUGUCAGUAUUCAAUGUAUAGGGGUUAUAAAUGAAGCACAAAACAAACAAUAGGCCUGAUAUUGUGUGUUACUUGAUUUCUCUGCUUUGCUGUUUAUUAGACCAAAGAAUGUAGCUAUGUUGACUGUUAUCACCAACCACAGAAUGUGAUACAGUAGGCCUAUAGCUCACUUUGACAAAUCAUGUAGCAAGCUUUAUUGCCAACUGAGUUGCGAACAACGCAUAGUAGUGUUGACAUGUGCAUCAUUGA